CAACAGAGAGUGUUGCAACCAACCAGAGAAGAAAAUCACUGAUGCAAAUUGCAGCAGGUGAAGGAGGUUUGUUGCUCACUCACCAUGGUAGGGAAGCCAUCUGACCUGGAAAACAAGGUCAAACAUUUUGUGGUUUACUGCAAAAAUUACAAAAUCUGCAAAUCCACGUGAGAGUCAGCCUGGAGCCAGCAGUCUGCCAGAAGUUAAGGACCGACUCUUUGGCCUCCCAACCCCCUCCUGUCCCUCUGGCUGAUCAUCAGCAUGACAAAACACUGGCCGGAGGAGCAGAUCCUCCUGGCACCACCCGCUCGGUCCCACCUUGGAGAACAUCACGGCCAUCAACUUGACUUCCACAGAGAUGCGCAGCAGCAGAGUUUUCCUCCCAGCAGCAGCAGCAGCUCUCCAGCCCAACAUUGGCCUCUCCACCUGGCUCAGAUGGUCCCACAGCAGUCGUCGCGCUUGGAGACUCCCACAGUGCGCCAGGAACACCUCACCGGUGCCACAGCAUUCAUGGAUACAGUCGUCGUACCACCGGAUCCUCAAGAUGCCCACUUCAAGAGUAGCACCGGCGGUGGGAAGAAAAAGAACUACCAGCGGUAUCCAAAACCUCCGUACUCCUACCUCGCUAUGAUCGCUAUGGUCAUCCAACGAUCCCCAGAGAAGAAACUGACGUUAUCUGAUAUCCUCAAGGAGAUCAGUACUCUCUUCCCAUUCUUUAAAGGAAACUACAAGGGCUGGCGGGACUCUGUGCGACACAACCUCUCCUCGUAUGACUGCUUUGUGAAGGUGUUAAAGGACCCGGGGAAGCCUCAGGGCAAAGGCAACUUCUGGGCGGUGGAGCUGAGCCACGUCCCUCUAGAGCUCCUCAAGAGGCAAAACACGGCUGUGUCGCGUCAGGACGAGACUAUCUUCGCCCAGGAUCUGGCCCCCUACAUCCUGCAGGGACACAAGCCAGAAUGUGAGCCGCCACCACCACCGCCGCCUGCCCCAGUCACCCCCCUCCCUGCCAUGCUCUCGAGAAACCCUUCCCCACCGCAGGAGGAUUUGUUCCGACCCAAGCUGGACUCAUCCUUCGCCAUCGACUCUCUGCUACACAGCCUGCGGCCGCCCAGUGCCUCCGAGGAUGUGGACGUGUCUACCAGGGACUGCUGGGGCAAGGUGGAGCGACCUCGGCCUUCGCCGCCUCCGCCUCCGCGACCUCGCUACGCCUCCUCUGCCCGGAGCGCCUCGGCCAGCUCUGCCAGCCCAGCCUCCACCUCCUCCUCUGAUGAGGAAUGGAAAGGGAUGUCUCUCUCUGGGAAGCGUGUUCCUCUUGAUGGCGAGGCUGGGUCAGAUGGUUAUGAGGACUACAGGCCCCCGCUGCACAAGUCAGCCCGACGGGAGACUGUCGCACCUCCAUGGGAGCUCCCUACCUCCUACGCCAAAUAUGCUCCCCCCAAUGCUGUUGCCCCACCCAGCAUGCGGUUCAACGGAGGCCCUCUAAUGCCGCUGCAUGGCGGACUUCCACUUUACGGCUACGGUAGCUCUCCCGUGGCACCUAGUCACUUCUUAGGUCAUACCUAUUGGCCCAUCCUCCCCAGUGGACGCGUUUCUGUCCAAGCCCCUCCCCUCAUCAUGGACCUGGACAACAUGUUGCAAUCAGUGCCGCCGAAUAAGAGCGUGUUUGACGUGUUAGUACCAACCAAUCAGAACUCUCACCCACAUCAUCAACCACCCAGUCAGUACAGCCUGCAGAAUGGGCCUCCCCUAAACAGGUAUCCUCAGUACUGACUGAAAUACUGACUCGUUUCCUCAUGCUGAGCCCAUACUGUCACUCAAAAAACGCACAAAUGCUAACCCACUAUGAUGCAGGAUGGGAGGUUUAAUCAAGAUCCACAUGGAAAUGCUGCAAACUCCCUCAAAUUAAGUCUUAAUCACUUCCUCAAGCUCAAGAAAUGUUGACCGUUAAAAAUUGCAAAAAGGGCGCAGAUUCAUGUUUUUAACAAAAUGAAAAGUCAGUGUUUUAUUUUUUAAGGUUUCUCAUCACUGUUUGGAGUAUUACAUGGUUUCAUCGGAGAAAAUAUACCACAAAAUGCCAGGUAUACAACAAAACAAGUAUCUACCUCAGGCUUUCAGUGAGAUGGAGUGUGUAUUACUCCUGGCUCUUUGCACUGCCGAUCUUAUUUGCACUGUUUUUUUAUUGGCAUGAAUUUUGCUUUCUUACACAAAUUGUCUUUGCAUGUUGUCUCCCUAUUAUGACUGCUGAAUGUAUUGCUGGAUUUAAACUUGAAUUUUGCAGUCAUGUGAAAAAACUAACUGGACUGUUGAUGGUACAUUUACAGUAAAUUUGAGCUAGAAAGUAUUAAUUAUUAGUAUCCUUUUUUAACAUUUUAUCCUGCCAGCAUUUUAAACAGAUAUAGGACUUUUAGGUAGAUAACUAGCAUGAUUUCAGUGAAAACAUCAGGUUGUUUCCCUUUGUCAGGCUCUGUCUGUG